AUGCCCGAUGUCCCGAUGGGAAAAAAAUGGCCAAACAACGCUUUUGAAGGCUGCUACAAACCGUCAAAUGCCGGAAGACGUUUCAGGCCAUCAGGCCUCGAGGCUAGAAAAGCGCAUUGUCCUGGCGAGUGCUCAAAAGGACAAGGGGAACGCGUUUUUCAAGGCUGAGAAGUUCGAGGAGGCAGCAGAGGCCUAUAUCAAAGCUUACAAACUCCUCAACGCCGUCGAGGUGGACGAGGAGCAUGAGGCCGAAAUAAGGACCAUUGCUGUGCAAAGCUUGACGAACUUGGCCCUGGUCUACCACCGACUCGGGAAGUAUCAGGAUGCGGUGAGGGCGUGUGGGGAAGUAUUGGAGCUCGACCCACAGAACGAAAAGGCUCUGUUCAGGCGAGGAUCCUCGUUGAAGGAACUGGGCAACUUCGAUGAGGCGCAAAAGGACAUCAAGGCGGUGCUGAGUCUGAACGGCAAGAAUCAAGAAGCGAUAAGGCUGCAGAAGGAGUGCGUUCGUGCGCGGAAAGAGCACCCCCCGUCCUCGUCCGAGGAGACCGUGUCGAGAGCGUUUGAAGGGAUGUUUUCCAAGCAGUCUCUCAUCAAAUCCGAGCACACCCCUUACGCUGGGCUCCGCAACGAGGGUGCUACCUGCUACCUCAACUCUGUCCUCCAAAUCAUUUUCCACCUACCAGCGAUCAGGAGAGUGAUCUUCCAGAUCCCAACCUCUCCCAGCGAUCGUCCCGAAGCCACGAACAAGGCUGGCGUCAUGUUGGCCCUACAACGCUUGCUCUACCAGAUGGAAGUAGAUGCGAAGGAGGAGAAGCCGUCGUCGGUAACUGAGGCUCCUGCUCGGCAGCUGAUCGCUUCCUUCGGAUGGGACUCUAGCGACACCCUCACUCAGCAGGUUCGGCUCUAUGGCGAGUCGGCUCUGUCUGAAUGCUCGUAUCAGGACGUCGGAGAGUUUGUGAAUAUCUUCCUCGAAACCAUUGAGGAGAACAUGAAGAACACGCCGGUCAAGGGGGAGAUCACGAGGCUGUGCGGGCUGGAGCAUCGAUACUUCGACAGGAUCCACAAACCCUCGCCGGACUCAGCGAAAUGGUUGAAAACUCGAGACGAGCCGCCUCACUGGGCGUCCAGUUCGGAUACAUCGAACGACAAGAAGAACAUCAGAGAGGCAAGUCAGAGCAUCAGCCCUGAGGUAGCGAACAACGCCACGGAGGCGGCGCUGCAGGUCCUGCUCAAGGAGCAGGAGCAGGGGCAGGAGCAGGGGCAUGAGCAGGAGCAGGGGCAGAAGAACUACAAGGAGGAGUCGGUGACAGAGCCGCUGAUGAUUCAUCACAUUCGUGAGUGUCACAACAUCUCAGAAGCGCUCAAGGCAAAUGAGCUUGAAGCCAAAAUCGCUGAGAUGGAGAAGAGCGAGAAUGUUGGAUACGGAAUACAACAGAUCGAGCGAAGUUUGCUGUUCAAGCGGGCUCCCCCCAUUCUCAUCGUCAACCUGCAGCGAGUUCAGUUCUCUCCCACUUUAGGCUUCGCGGAGAAAAUCAACAGCCGCUUUGAAUUCCCGGAGGAGCUCGAUCUUACAGAAUUCAUGGACAAAUCUGAACCAGUCGAUCCCACGGGACCGGCUAACUACAUCCUGCACUCGGUCGUGGUACACUCAGGUUAUUCGCAAGGAGGACACUACUACGCUUUCAUCCGGCCGGACCUGGGGAGAAAAGGAGGAGAGAGGAAAGAAGCGGGAGGAGUGCAGUGGCAAGCGGGAGCAAGAGUGGGAAGUGGUGGUGGUGGAGGACGAGAAAAGGAGGAGGGGGAGAAAGAGAAAGGGAGGAAAGAGGAGGUUCGCCCUGUCUCGCAAGACGACGCCAUGUCUGCCAACUUCGGAGGCGACACCCCUUCCGUCUACUCCAUGGGGCGGCCCAUGGCGAGCAUGCGGUCCCGCAGGUCUGAACUCGCGCGUUUUGACGGGGAUGACGAGCAGAGCAGCGCGUACAUGCUGGUCUACCUCAAGAGCUCCUGCCUGCCAGCACUCAUGGACACGGAGAAGAUGGAGAUCCCUCGGCAUGUCAUGGCCAACAAGAGCGAGAUGACCUCACUCCCUUCCUCAGUCCCGGUGCUCCUGCCCGAUGGCUAUGGGGUUGCCGGGCAGAGGGAUGGCAAGUCUCGAUCGCAGGAGGAGAAUGGCACCAGCCGAUCCAAGAGCGAGAGGAGGAGCGGGAGCCUGCGCGGAGCUCUCGUGCAGGUGCCGGUCGCCAAUAUCGAGGAAUGCACAGUCGGGAAAUUCAUAGAGCUGGUUCAGUCCAAGUGCAAGUCGAUGGAGUGUCCUCUCGAACCUCCGCCAGUGCGGGACUUUCUCGGUGGGAUUUUUCCUCGAGGAUCGGGAAGGGAGUCAGCUAGUAGAGAUUUGAACUACAAGCCAGAGCUCAGACUCUGUCUAACGCAGCUGAAGGAUCAUGAAAUAGUCAACGUGUUCGGCGAGAAAACGAUGCUGUCUUCCAUCAACUCUACUUACCUUCUUCGUCUCGAGUGGUACGACGCCAAUCCUGAUGUCCUCAACGUUCCAGUGUUUCAUCACGUACAGACUGCGAGUAUGAUCAAACCGACCGGAGACCCUUGUCUCGUUCCUGUCUUCAAGAACGACAAAUUCGAAGAUGUCAUGUUGCGAGUCGCCCAGCGCUCUGGGCUGCAUGUCGAGAAAGACUGGCAGAUGUACUGGAACGGCCGCGAGCAAGAGCUGCAGAGGAUCAGCCGAGGAGAGCUUAUGCUCACCGAUGACCUUGCUCCCCGCGAUCCGCGCCUGGUCAUCCUUCAUGACCAACCAUUCGACAGUCCAAGCUCGCAAGACUUCUUCUCCUUCAUGUCGUAUGGGUUGACGCAGGAGAAAGGAAUCAGGAUAGGACAGAGCGGGAGGUGAGGGCGGGUCAAACCUUGUCAGCUUUUAUAUACAAAGAGACCCCUGUGGAGGAAACGC